GUCAAAUGUUGUAAGCGAAAACAAGUAAGAAUUUGAUGAAUGAAAGAACUAUGACUGUUGUUUCGCAGUCGUUAUGGUGUUGGUGCUCGUUAAGAAUUUAGAUUUGGUGUUGUAGUUUUUUCCACGGUCUAGAGCUGAUCAUAUGUUGCGGGCACUCCUUUAAUGAGACUCCAAAGUAUGAGAGUUUUGAUUUUGUGCAACGAAAGAUGGAAGUAGAGCAUUUCAAGGAAUAGCAGCUCGUAUAAAAGACGAGUCCACUGCUCGUCGACUCGUAUAGGACAGGCCAAAGUUUGACCAUACAAUCGGAAGGUCGUCUUUCGACACUCGAGACGUUGCUCCUCGUAGUAGGAUUCCAUCUGAACAACAACGCGACAUCUGAUUUAAGUAGUAGAUACAAUCAACAUCACCUUAUCUUCAUCGUCAUAGCGAGCGUCAGGGUUCUUGAUAUCGAGAGAUAUGAAUGGAGACUACUGGUAGAUUUUAGGUCGUAGCUCUCCUCGUUGAAAAGUCUGAAGAGAUCUUCUGUAUGCGGUGUAAAGCAAACUCGCCUCUGUCGUGGACAUGAUGAAGUGACAGUCGGUGUUGGUGGAGGAACCGAGUAGCCGAACCGUACGAUGAGCGCUUGAUGCAAUACCCGUUUCGUUCAUGGUGAAGGACCUUCCCCAACUAAAGGAGCCCGGUCCUGUAGUACAUAGCAGUUUUCCGAUCAUUUUUUAUCCCUAGAAGUACGGCCUAGAAGUAGUAAAUGAGCUUUCAUGAAGAGGAAAACCAUGUAGUAGGGCAUACACGUAGUUGAAGAAGUCUCUAGUAUCUUGAUCCGCUACAUGAUGUAGGAGUAGUUCCUUCCAUGAUAAUAUCAAUUGCUGGACAGGAAACCUGAACGAAGAGAAAAAUAGAGCAAAUUCUUCACGGUACUUGUGUUAUUCUUGUGUGCUGUUUGUGCUUGUGUAUGAGGUUGGAAAUCUGCAUCGAUCAGAUCAUAAGUUGUUCUUGAUAUCUUUCCACCACAAUAACAAUGGGAGUGCCUCGUUCUUCGCGUGGUUACAAUGAUGUGCGCACUUUCGAUGCCACGCAACGACGUGGCGUGACGACACAAUAUGCUGGCGCAUCGUCAUAUGCUAGUGCAAAAGUACCGUUGAAGAACAGAGUGAAAGCGCCUGCGUCUGCGUCUACAUCUGCAAUAGCUUCACCCGCCGCCGCCACUACACCAGCGGACGAAUUCGAUCUAUUGCAGAUUCGUGGCCACAGUGUCAACCUCCCGCAAGAAGUGUCCGUGCAAAAGGAAUCCAUGCGGAAAGGCAAGAACAAGAAAGCGGGACAAGUUGUAGUGAGUUGAUUGACUCCCUCAGUACGAAGGGGAAAGCGCUUGUUUAGAAAUUAUAAUUGUAUCAUAUGGAUUUCUUUGAAUACUGCAGGUAUUUUAGAAGACGCGAUGUUUUGACAAUCAUAUUAUUAUAGCAGAAUAGUUUAUAGACGCUGGGCGGCAACGGUGGGCACGCUGGGCGGGCGCUUGGAUGACGCUGAACGGACUUGAGGGCCACGCAUUCGGCACGCCGAACCCGUUCCGGGCAGCCCUGGCGCAGUGCUGCGCCACUUUGCGCAGUGGCGGCCUGCGCCUGCUCUGUGCAGGCCUGUGCUACGUUGUGCUGCACUGCGCUGCUCGGUGCAAUGCUGCGCCGCCCCUGUCCGCAACGGCCCUGGCGGUUGCGUAAUUCGUCAGCGUCGUUGGCCUACGCUAGACUAGCACCGCCGGGGGGAUUCUCAAGGGGGCGCCGGAAGGGCGGCCCGCAUUUUGAGAUCCCUGUCGUCACGCUGCGUCGACGCUUGGCGCAGAAUUCGGCACAGCUGGCGCAAUCGGGUCGCCCAGCGACCCAGCGCGGCCAGCUUGCCCAGCCCAGCGAUCUUCACAUAGGUUAUAAACUGCUCUAUACAUAUAGAUGUAAGCGACAGAGUACGACAGCAAGGAUGUAGUUGAAGUAGAUUCGUAUGCCAAUGUGACUACACUCGUCAGGUGCGGCCUCACUCCGCAUGUGCUGCAUCGGUGCGAGUGGCUGCGCGUACUAGAAGUAGGGAUGGUAGUGCAACUGCUGGAUCAAAAAGGGGGGCUCGUCGUCGCUCUGAGGAGACUCUACCUUCUGGUGCUGGUUCCGGUGCAGCGGUAUCACGUGAGGAAGGGUCCAAUUAUGCAGCUGCGCCAUUGUCGAGCAGCGGAGAGCCAGAGGCCGACUUUGAUAAGCCGCAGACACAACGCCCACGACCCAAAUCAGCACAUCCGAGAAUCGCCGGGAAGACGAGCGUUGAAGGCAGUGAUUAUAGAAGCGGAGAGGCUCCUGCAGAUGUUCUUGUGCAAGCACAAGAAAGUAGUGGACCAUCUUCGCGUGGAGCGACCAUCAAUAAAUAUAAAAAGCGUCCGGUUUCUUCUGGUGCAAAUGCUCAUGUUGAGGGAACUCCGUGUCUCUUCUAUGGAGCUGAAAGUUCCUCUCCUUUGCAGACGGGAAAAGGCGAACUCAGUAGUCCAUCGGCAGUUGCGAACAAUGAAGCUCCAUCGAGGGCGGCAGAUGACUUCAUUUGCGGCGCUGUUCUCCGUGCAGUGUAUGACGACAGCAAAGACGAGAUAAUGGGCUAUCGUCGCAGCGCAAAUGGUACCUUGUACGUGCCUCUCCGAGCAGCACGACCCCAAAGCGCAGGGCCAACGUGCUCUUAUCGCAUUGGCUCGUCAGGAGGGGCGCGCCGUGGUGCCGCCGCGCGACCACAAAGUGCCUCGUCUGCCUGUUCUGGGUCAACGUCCUCUGUCGUGUUGCCGAAAAAUCUUCGCGACAGGUUGAAUCUUCAAGCCGGUGAAAAAGAAAAUGGAGAACCGAUGGUGAGAUUUAGUGAAGAGCAACACACGUUAUCAGAAGAAGAUGACAUCGAUACCGCUUCACAGCUCGCGGCUGGACAGCACCAGCUUAGAAGACAGUCGCGGGCAAUGCAGGGGCGGCUUCAGGUUGGCACGGCUGAUCUUCGGAACGGUUACGAUACCGACCUAUAUUCCUACGACACGCGGCUGCCACAAGAAAUCAGUAGACAACUUGAUGAAACGAUGGGUCCUCCGAUCAGGUCCUCUCCGACGAACAAAGCUAGAGCCAGGAGUGGGACCAACAUAGAUGAACAAGAAGUGGCACUUGGUCAAGGAGAUGCAAAUGCAGCGCACCACCUGCAACAACAAAUGGUGGAGACGGAGCGGAACGUGACACGUCAUUUGCCUGGUUUGUUCCUCGACAUGGAACCCGCACCAAGAGAAGGAGAGCCCCCAUUUGAUCCGCUGAGAUAUCCCUUUUCGCCUUUUGCAGGUGCGACGCAGCAGAGAGGCACAUUUAAGCAUGCUGGUUCCUCGUACUACACUCUUUACUAGUCUCCUCGUUGAUGUUUAUCCACUUCCACACGAGUCCAACUGCUACUACUAGUACUAGAUGUUUGAUGAACACUGAAAAUCUAGUAAGUAGUAGACAAUCACCACUGGUCCAGGAAAAAGGUGUGGCAGUUCAGAUUAAUUCAUCCUUGUUAUUGUUUGAGCCCUCGUCGUUCUGAUCUUGUUUAACUUUAAGUUUUUCUUCGAUGUCUGACCCUAAUAUUGCGCAUCACAAUGCCGGCGAAAGCGAUGCGGGGUCAUCUCAAAUGGAGACGAGCUUUCGCAAGCAAGCGAAUGCGACUUAUUGGCAGGCAGUGCGCGUCCCCAAACAGGGCAGGCAGAGGGAGCUGCGAGCUAUACGGCUGCGGCGGAGAUGGCGAGAUGACGAAAUGCACGAGCACAUCGCUGCGGAGCGCGAAAGGAUCGCAGAAGAGCGAGAACAAACCAGAAUGCGAAGAGGUCCCCCACAAGCGCCGCCAAGGUGGGGUACAAAGACGGAAGAAGACAUAUGGCGGGAGGAGGUCGGUUUUAGCGACACGGCAAGUUACAAAUCGAAUGGUAGUUGUCGUCCUUCAUGUUUCUCUUUCUUAUGUGAGAUUGUUCGUUGGAGUAUCGAAGUAAAUAAUUUUCCGCGUUUCUAUGACGUCGAAGAUCAUGAAUAGUACAUAGUAAGUAGAAGUUGAUUGAACUUGAAGUACAUAUUCACUUUUUUAGCUUUGUCGUAAGUAGUUACCAUUGCUUCGAGUAAAAAUGGAUGACGUGAUGAAAUAACACAUCGAUCACAGUCCUCAACGUUCAUCAUGUAUUACGCUUUUUGUUCCACAACUAGGUCCGAUCCGUUACAGUGCCGAAGAGCCACCGUUGUUCGAUAAGUAUCGGUAUUAUUCGAACAGGGUGAUGCGAAACAUCGCCAUAGAGAGGCCUCCACAGGAUGGUUUGCGAACGCUCGAUAAGAAUUUCACAUUGCGCGAGUACCUGCAGAAAGCACAGGAAGAACAGGCGGGAUCAUCAGCACAACAGGAACAGCAAGAAGCUGUGGAUCAUGAACCACAGACACAACCUACUCCGCCUGCACUGAGUGCGAGGGAAGCAGCGCGAGUGAUAUUGAAGACAAAACCGGGAGACGUCAAUCGCGAAACAGACUAUCGCAGGAAUAUGCGUUUCUUCUUCGACACUCGUUCAUCCUACAGUGACGUAGAUUUGCAGCCUCCAAACGUGCGCAGACCGAAUCAGAUAAUGUUAAGGUCGUGGCUAAUAUGGGUACUGCGUCUUCACGUUCUUCAUUUCCAUUCCAGGUAAAGGAUUUCUUCCUGAUCCUGGUUUUGUAGUACUUGAUGAUUCUCGAAUGCUGACUAGAAGCUGAAAUUCAAGUUGUGUUGUAUUCUAGGAACGAAUGGCUGAGUAUGGGUUAGGGAUGAGGAUGACGAGAAUGAAUAUGGAACUCAUAUCAUGUAGGUGGCUUACUACUGACUAAACCUCGUCGUCUAAUGAUGGCGACGAUAAAAGAGCAACGGAAUCAUGAGAAGGAAGGUGUGCAGGAACAAGAGCACCGUCCAUUGGGGGACAGCUUUUUAAAGGCAUCGAAUCCGCAAUGCUAUGCUCAUCUCGAACAAGACCCACUACCUUCGUUGGCCCCAAGAAUAUUUCCACAGAAGCACGUCCCCUAUACCGCUUUGUUCAAAAGACGAGUACAAGUUAAGCGACCGCCCUAUGGGUAAACAUUGAGCAGAAAUAACAAUAGAAUAAAAAUAUGCAUAUUAUGUUCUUGCAUACGAGAUUUUCCUGAAAAGUGUUGAUGUAAUUCUGAACUGAGAUUAUACCUUUGUUAGACUCCAUUGCAUAGAAAGAACUUGAGGUGCCUGCAUCUUUGUUGUGGUCGAUUUUCGGCUUAAUGUAAUGAACAUAACAAAAUGAACCAACCUGCAAGAGAUGGCACACGUAUCAGAGCUAAUUUUUCUCUCCGUCAAUAUAGACUAUCGUUGUAGUUUCUCAACCUUUCUCCCAAUCAAUGAAUAAGAAUACGGCAAUGAAGGUGACUUGGAAGUCAGUUCACGUAUAGUAGUUGCAAUUAUUUAGUUCAGAGCAGUCAUUUUUUUCGAUGUCAUAAAUCCGAUAAUGAAAUGACAGGAGAGCAUCCAGCUUGCUCUUCGGUUCAUUUGAUUUGCACUAUGGGCAUAUCCAUCGAGAACGAUGACAGACGGUAACUACAACCAACGAACUGUAAGGUGGAUAACAAAUAGUGCUAAGUUGAGACGUUUCUACAUCAAUAAAGCGUUACCUCACUGCAGCC